AUGUUUGACCAGAAUUUUGCCGAAGAAGUUCCCGAGAGUGAAUUGAGGACAAAUUGGGGGCAAGUUUGGUAUAUCGUCCACCAUGGGGUAUAUCACAAGCAGAAGAAGAAAAUUCGCGUGGUCUUUGAUUGCGCCUUGAAGUACAGGGGAGUUUCUUUGAACAACGCUUUGUACACGGGACCUGACUUCACAAACAGCCUUCUUGGUGUUUUACUUCGAUUUAGGGAAAGAAAGGUGGCUGUGAUGGCCGACAUUGAGAAAAUGUUCUAUCAAGUGAGGAUUCCAAAAGCCCAAUCCAAUUUCUUGAGAUUCUUUUGGUUCAAAGAUGGUGAUCUCAACGGAGAUCCUGUAGAAUGCCGGCUUCGCGUUCAUGUUUUUGGAGCGGUGUCGUCACCCAGUUGUGCAAAUUACGCUCUCCGACAAAGUGCAUUGGACAAUCAACAUCAAGCGAGCUCAAAAACCAUCAAGGAAAUUGAAAAUGGGUUUUACGUCGACGACUUUGUGGUUUCUGUGGAAGAUUCUGGGGAAGCCCAGGCUAUUCUUUCGGAGGUGAAAAUGAUCUGUGUUUCGGGUGGAUUCAACCUAACCCAAUUUACCUCAAAUGACAGAGACGUCUUGAGCUCCAUAGAUCGGUGCGAUUUAUCCAAGAUGGUACGAGACUUGGAUUUCAGUGAGGACGAUCUGCCAACCGAACGAGCCUUGGGAGUCACAUGGUGUGCCGAGACAGACUCAUUCGGUUUUGAAGUCGCGCAGCCGUGCCAACCCAACACCAGGAAGGGCAUUUUGUCUUCUAUCUACGCGAUUUUCGACCCUUUUGGAUUGAUUGGACCUGCAAUAUUACCGGCUAAGCAACUACUACAAGAAAUGUGUAAAAGAGGUUGUGAUUGGGAUGAAGAUGUUCCAAUAGAUCUCGGUGAUGUCUGGAAUCAAUGGAAGAGCGAACUAGACCUCUUAUCUAAAUAUCACAUCCCAAGAUGGAUAGGCGUGUCCGGGGAGGGCAUGAUUGUUCAACUUCAUACCUUCUGCGACGGCAGUGAAGUCGGAUAUGGCGCGGUGACUUACAUGCGCGUUGAGGUUGGAGGAAAGACUCUUACGACUUUAAUGUUGGCGAAGUCUAGGCUUGCCCCAUUGAAGAAGAUGACGAUCCCAAGGUUGGAAUUAGCUGGAGCGAAAUUGGGCGUCGAGUUGGCCUCGGUUCUUCAAAGAGAGAGGUCAAUUCCUGUCUCAGCUGAAUAUUUUUGGACAGAUAGUCAAACCGUGCUCAAAUAUCUUGCCAACAAGCGAAAGCGAUUCCAGCGGUUUGUUUUCAAUCGGAUUUCCUUCAUCAGAGAGCGGACGGAAGUGGCCCAAUGGAAUCAUGUUCCUGUAUCUAUGAAUCCAGCUGAUCUCGCCAGCAGAGGACUGCCAAUACGUGAUUUCAUUGUCAGUGACCUUUGGAAAUCGGGUCCCUCUUUCCUCAAGGAAAGUAAAAGAAUGUGGCCGAGAGCAGAAGACCUCUCAGAGUUAAGGGAUGACGAUCCGGAGAUAAUUAAAGAUCAAAUUAUAUCGGCGGCCACUUGUGGUAUCUCAACGAACCCCAUCAUUGAAUGGUUUGGCAGUGUGUCGAACUGGGGUCGAUUGAAAAGAAUGGUGGCUGGCUUAAUCAGGGUCAAAACCAAACUACUUGGGGAUCGAACUACGACAAAUGAGGAUUCGUUGGCCGGAUUGCUGGAAGCCGAGCAGAUCAUUAUCAAACAAGCCCAAGCAGCCGAACUCUCCGCCGUCUUCAAGAGAAUUUCAUUGGGUCAGGAAUUGGAGAAAAAGUGUGUCUUGAGAAGGCUUUCUCCGUUUAUCGACAAUCAAGGCCUUCUUCGUGUCGGAGGACGUUUGAACAGAACCAAAGACUUGGAAUACAACAGAAAAAAUCCUAUCAUCGUGCCAAGGGGGCACGUUGCCACCUUGCUCGUCCAUGAAGCUCAUGAGCUUGUGGGACACCUCGGAAAGGAGUCAGUUCUGGCCAAGCUUCGAGAUAAUUGGUGGGUGAUUGGCGCUGUGCCUCUAGUCAAAAAGAUAUUGCGUGAGUGUGUUCAGUGUAAGAAGUACCAUGGGCGGGUGAUCGAUCAGUUGAUGUCUGAUCUCCCCGAGGACCGUCUGCGCGCUGAUCAACCCCCUUUCACGAAUACUGGAGUCGACCUAUUUGGACCUUUCCCAGUGGUACGUGGCCGAAGCACGGUGGAACGCCAUGGUGUGGUGUUCACCUGUCUGUCGUCGCGAGCAAUACAUCUAGAAGUGGUCUUCGACAAAUCAACAGAUUCCUUCAUCCAAGCCCUGAAACGGUUUAUGGCACGCAGAGGUCAAGUUAAGGUCAUGAGGUCCGACAACGGUACCAAUUUUGUUGGAGCCGAGCGCGAGCUUCGGGGUGUUUUUCAUGACCUUAAACACGAUGAAAUUCGUGGCGAAUUACAAACGAAGCAUAUCGAGUGGAUUUUCAAUCCCCCUUACGCACAUCACUUCGGUGGCGUGUGGGAGAGAGAGAUUCGAACAAUGCGUCGAGUGUUGUCAGGAUUGAUGUGCGAACAACCGAGAUCGUUCACGGACGAAUCACUCUCCACAUUGCUGUGUGAAGUGGAGGCAAUCAUGAAUAGCAGACCGUUAACCCCUGUGUCCGAUGACCCCUCGGAUUUGGAAGCUUUAACACCGAAUCAUCUUUUGCUCCUGAAAUCUGGGCCCACUUUUCCCCCUGGCAUCUUUGAAAGGAGUGAUUGUUACGGAAGAAGACGCUGGAAACAAAUCCAGUACUUAGCGGACUUGUUCUGGAAUUGUUGGAGGCGUGAAUACCUAGCUAGUCUUCUUCAACGCCAAAAGUGGACCAAGACUCAAAGAAAUGUCCAAGUCGGUGAUCUCGUCCUGGUGGUGCAGGAAAACGUAUCCCGGUACCGAUGGCCAUUAGCGCGAGUUCUUGAGGUGUUUCCGAGUCCAGAUCAAAAAGUUCGACAAGUGCGCCUCAAGACUACAUCGGGGGAAUACCUUCGACCAAUUUCGCAACUCGUCCUGGUUCAAGGCAACACGGACAAGAAGGAAGAACUUGGAAGGAAUUCAUAA